AUGGCCCCUCCUAUAUCCAAUACAUCAGCCGAGCCCACGCUCUACGAUAUCCUGUCGCUAACCCCCAAGCACCUAGAGGGUCAAGCCGGCAUAGCUCAGCAGCAGAAGAUCGUAAAGCAAGCAUAUCACCGCGCCUUGCUAAAACACCACCCGGACAAAUCUGCCAGUGGCAAUACUCCCCAGGGCAGCAGGACAUCCACCCCAACACAUUCUACUUCUACUUCAUCAAAGCCCGGUCCUAAACAGACGUCACAACCGCGCAUCACCUACACCGUAGACCAGAUCCAGUACGCCUACGCAGUCCUCUCAGACCGCAAGCAGCGCACAGACUACGACCGAGCUCUGCGCACGGCGCCGUCCCAGCGGCACUCGCAGUCUGCGUCUUCGUCGUUCCAGACGGGCGUCGAGACGGUCGAUCUAGAUGACCUAGCGUUCGACGAGCGCACGGGGGUGUACUACCGCAGCUGCCGGUGCGGCAACGCGCGCGGAUACGCAUUUACCGAGGACAACCUGGAGGAGUUCGAAGACGACGGCGUGUUGAUGGUCGAGUGUCUCGACUGCAGUCUCUGGAUCCGGGUUUUAUUCGCCGCAGCCGAGGAUGACGAAGACGAUGACGGGGGGGAUGGUGGUGGUGAUGUUAUAGUUACUACUACCACUACCGCCGCCGCCACCACCAGUCCCGCAAGAAACGCUAAUACCACAGUUCGCGAAGCGGCCGUUACACUAACGAUGGGAAGGGGUACAGACGCCGUGACAUCAGCAGGGGAGAGACGGGGCAGCGGCACCGGUAGGAACUACACGUUUAACUGGAGUUUCAACUGGGGCAUCUCUUUGUCGGGGUCCGCGACGGCGGGGACUGGCACGAGCGGCUCGCGGAGGUAG